GGAGCAUCCGAAACCCGUAGGUCGAAACUUCUUUACGUUUGAGGCUGUCGUAUCUAUCAGAAGCUAACCGAACAAUCGAGUACAUUGCUAUCAAAUUACUGUAUGAUAUACACAUCCCGGUGGGAGGGUCACGUCACAACAUUCCCCAACGGUGAGUUUAAAACGCUGGCAACAGCUGUUAUUUUGGUGCGAAGAGAAACGUCAAGCAGUUGUUUAUGUUUUCCUUUUCCGCGGCAACUUUUCCGUUUUGGAUUGUGCAGGAAUAAUCAACACCAAACAUGGUAUUAAGCGAUCGAAUCUGCAGAAUGUGUUUAACUGCUUGGAAAAACUUGUGCUCACUGUUCGAUUCCAGCGUGAAUCCAGACCUAUUAGUUAUCAUUCGAAACAUUGUAAGACUGGAGGUUGCCGAAGAUGAUACAUUUUCAAAACUGAUAUGCAAACAGUGUAUUUCGAGGCUGAAAACUAUCGACGCCCAUAUAAAGCUGUUCCGGGAAUCUGAUCGCAAGCUGCGUUGUGCAGUUGAUGACCACCAUUCAAACAAAGACGAAAAGUGUACAGGUGCUCGUGACUUGGAAGUAGAAUCCGUUAAAACGCAGCGCUCAAUUGGCGGAACGGAAGAAACUGGGCACAUCAAUGACGACGCUGAAGCAAGGGACAGUAAGCCUAUACAGCAGGCGGAAGAGCCAGAAAUUAAAUCCAGCCGUAGAUCGGCACGCAUUCGUAGCCGGUGUGGGCAAUCGCAACAUGAAAUGGAGACGGAUGACGGAGAAUCACGAGAAGAGCAGGACUGUGACAAUGAAAGCACGGGUAGCAGUGUCGAAACUGACCAAUUUGUUCCAAAUUCUCAUAGUUUAGAAAGCAACUCGAAACAGCGGAAGCAAAACGGCGGCUACCAUAAUCAUGAAACGAAACGCACGGUACGGCACAAAUCUGACCGCGGUGUACCACUGCUGCAUGAUUUCAAAUGUUACAUUUGUAGCAGCGAACCGUUAGGCUCUCGGAAAGCACUAAUAGAACAUUUGGCAACGCACGUGGAUAGGGUCCCGUACACCUGCAAGCAGUGUGUGAUGGAAACGAUCGUUCUAACGCGUGUGCGUACUUUGAACACGCACAUGAAGAUGCACGAGCAACCGAUCAAGUGCGAUUACUGCGAUCGUCGCUAUAGCAAUGCGGCGGGCAAAUAUUAUCACACGCACACGUACCAUCUAGGUGGCGGUGCUCCCUGUACGGUCAACUGCAAGAUAUGCGGCAAGCAGUACGGCUCAGAAGCUGCACUCAAACAGCACAUGAAGUAUCACACCACGACGUUGAAAUGUAGCCAGUGCGAGAUGGUAUUCAACCAUCCGAACAAACGGCGCAACCACGAGCUAACGCACGACGCGAACCGGGGCUACGAGUGUGUCGUUUGCAAGAAGGUGCUGCAAACAAUCGAAUCGUACGACGUGCAUCUGAAGAAACAUUCCCAGGAGCGUAGCUACCAGUGUACGCUGUGCCCGAAGAAGUUUAACACGUCCUUCAACCUGAUUCUUCACCUGAAGGUGCACGCAAAAAACUACAACUACAGGCCGGCCAAGUCAUGGGUGGAACACUACACGGUAGUUAGUCGCGAACCGAUGCAGUACAGGUGCAAUCACUGCGAACGUUACAGCACCGAUAAGGUGAACAACAUGAUCUCGCACCUGCAGGCCCACUUCAAGGAGUACGAGUGCGAUCAAUGCAAACGAUUGUUUGCGACGGCCAAACAGCUGCGGGCCCAUUAUACCACGCACACGGGCGAAAAGUCGGAAAUGUGUCAGCACUGUGGUAAGUGCUUUUCCACCAAGAAUAAUCUGCGCAUCCAUUUGAAGUGUCACGAGCGAGAAAGUAACGCUGCUGCUGCUGCUGGAUGCGAUAAGACCAUUCGCGUGACCAGACCAGACGGCGGCACAUGACUGUCCCCCCGAACCGAAAUGAUCGAUAGUACUGUUUGAAAAAGGAAAGAAGGACGAAUGGUCACAAGAGUACCAGUGUGGCCUGUGGAGUAACGUAGGAAGGCACAGAAUCUGUAUUCCCUAGUAAUGUCGCGGGAGCAAUACGGUGGCUAAGGUGUCAGUUAUCUUGCUGUGAGUGCUUCUUAAGCAUAGGAUUGGAAUAAAAAUGGAUCCAUUGAGUUAUCUGUUCUAAUUUUA